AUGGCACUUCCUCACGUCUUCCUACUGGCCGGAGUCCUGGUGGAAGUCACCAGCACUUCCACAGAAAGUGUGGUCCAGCAGCCCGAGUGUUGUGUGGAGGUGGCAGAUGUCAAUGCCACUUGCCCUGGCACAAGCCUGUGCGGUCCAGGUUGCUACAGGCACAGGGCUGAGGAUGGGAGCGUCAGCUGCCUCCAAUGCCGCAACGCCACCUAUCCGGCCACUGCCACCAACAGCUCCGAGUGCAGAAGCCCCUCUAGCCGGGCUGACCCCUUCCCCACAAACAAGAGCACAGGGACGCCUGGGCUGCCAGGUCCUGAGGGGUCCCGGGUGGUUGCCUCGCUCUUCCUGGGGACACUCUUCAUCAGCUCCGGCCUCAUCCUAUCUGUGACCAUGUUCUUCUACCUCAAGCGCACCAGUAAGCUCUCCAACAUCUGCUACAGAAGGAACGAAGCCCCAGCCCUGCAGCCCAGUGAAGCCGCUGCGAUGAUCCACCCGUUGCAGUCUUCAGUGCGGAAGCCACGUUACGUGAGGCGCGAACGACCCCCUGACAAGCCAGUAGGUGCUGCAGCUAUCUCCUCAGUGGAGGCCCGAGUCAGCAGCGUCUAA